AUGAAGGUCAACAGCGCAUCAGCUUUCUCUCUUCUGCUUGCUCUGGCCCAAUGCGCUGCCAUUGAGCGUCGCCAGCAAGGCGAUGGCCCAGGCGGAUCCGCAGAUGCGACGCAAGGCGACCUUGGUGAACGGCCACCGCCACGGUUCCCGUUUCCUGUCACCAAGUUCCCGGUUCCGAACGAGACUGUUGUCCUUAAGGAAGCCAUGUACAUCCUUCCUGGGCAGGUCUUCGACGGAGGCAUGAAGCGUUACGAGCGUGUUGAAGGCAGCUGCAAUGAACAAGCUGAGGGAACGGAUGCCGACGCGGUCUUCAAUCUUCUCCCUGGCUCGACAAUCCGCAACGUCAUUAUUGGCAAACACCAGGCUGAGGGAAUCCAUGCAUUGGGCGAUGCAUGGGUUGAGAAUGUGUGGUGGGAGGAUGUUUGUGAGGACGCCCUCACCUCGAAGGGCUUGAACACUCAACUGAGAGUGAUUGGUGGCGGCGCUCGCAAUGCCACUGACAAGGUCGGCCUUUCUCUCUGCGCCAUGGCCAGUAAGAAGAUUGCUGACCUUUCUGGAAGAUAUUCCAAGACAACUCGCUUGGCGGGAAGUACAACAUCACUGGCUUCUAUGCUGAUGGAUUCGGAGUUCGUCAAAUCUCUCUCUAUGCUCACCAUGAUUAGAAAUCCCACUAAUGUUAUAUCUCAGACUUUCUACCAAUCUUGCGGUAAUUGCCUGAACCAGUCAAAGCGGAAUGCAACCAUUCAGAACGUUAUCGCAGUCAAUGGCAACAGGAUGGGCAUCAUUAACCCUAACUACGGCGACGAGAUUCGCAUCAAGAACACUCAGCUGAAAGACUUGAAGGUGAUGGUCGACAAAGAGAUCGCAAACAACAUGCAAACUGUUCCAAUCACGGUUGGCACCGGCCCAGAUCAGAAGUACGCCCUGUACAACGAGACGAGAGACGCUAUCACCGAGUGGGAGGGAACUGUGGAGAACGCAUACGAGCCCGAGGAGCCAUAUGAGUGGCUUGAGGCUUACUGGCCGGAUGGAUUCAACUGA